GGCUGGACUUGGACUCGGAGGCUGGCAAAUGCUGCAAUUUCGAAGGAAGGAGAAGAGAAAAGAAAGGGGAAGCCCAGCUAGGAUUCGGAAGGGCACAGGUCCUGCAUUCGAAAGAGAAGGCAGUGCUCCGAGUUUGCUUCUGCCAUCUGCAAUUUCCAUUUCAAGAACUACUGCUUUCAGGUUGUUCAGGACAUAUGCACAAAAAAGCAUUGAAGAGCCUCUGUAUAUUUGACAACGGGCAGAAUUAACAAUUUUAGUUGCAAGCAACAGGCUUGCGAAGCUUACUGAGCAAUCAAUUGAAUUGUGGAUCAGGUCAAACGGCUGCACCCUUGCACCGGUUUCGAGUCUGUAUCUUUUGCCUCUUCCGUGACGACACUGCACACCUAUCUCAGUCUGUCCUGCAAAUUCAGAGCCUAGCUUCGGCAGAGGUCAGCCAUUGAUUGAGAGUAAGAGCGUGUCAACAAAAUGAGUUGGAUAUUUGGGAAGAAGAAGACUCCUCAGGAGCUCCUGAGGGAGAAUAAGCGCAUGCUCGACCGGUCCAUUCGGGAGUUGGACAGGGAGAGGGCAAGUCUUCAAACGCAGGAAAAGAAGUUGAUAGCAGAGAUCAAGAAGACAGCAAAGCAGAAUCAGAUGGGGGCAGUGAGGGUUAUGGCGAAGGACCUCAUAAGGACGCGGCACCAAAUCACCAAGUUCUACGGGCUGAAGUCGCAAUUGCAGGGCAUCUCUCUGAGGAUACAAACACUGAAGUCAACACAGGCCAUGGCAGACGCAAUGAAGGGUGUCACGAAGGCCAUGGCGCAAAUGAACAAGCAGCUGAAUUUGCCCGCCCUUCAGAAUAUCAUGAGGGAGUUUGAGAAGCAGAACGAGAGGAUGGAAAUGACAACCGAGGUGAUGGGUGACGCCAUGGAUGACGUCUUGGAGGGCGAGGACGAGGAGGAGGAGACGGAGGAGCUCGUCAGCCAGGUGCUCGACGAGAUUGGCGUCGACCUGGACUCGCAGCUCGUGAGUGCUCCCGCCAACGCCGCAAAGGUGCAACAACCCGCUGCCGCGACGAAGCAGGCGCAACAAGCGGCGGCGGAAACGGCGGGCGGGGCGGAUCCGGGAAUCGAUGACGACUUGCAGGCCCGAUUAGAUAACCUGAGGCGGAUGUAAUCUUGCUUUCGACCUGGUCAACGACCUUUCUUCUAGAUUUUAGGAGACAUUCCAGCCGCACAAUAUAUGUACAGAAGACUUGCAAUGUCGGGCGCCUGAUUGCUUAUAUUUGGACUUUGGUUUGCCUCUGGCAACUUCUAUCCGUUCUGUGCGAGAUGCAACUCGGAUGAUUGAAUUUACGAAUGGCAGAGCCGGAAGCAUUCUCAC